UUCAGUUUCAGUCGUUUCGAUUGCGUUGAUAAAAUUAAACCUAAGCCUUAACCAGCCGUGCUAAUAACAAUGCUGUGAUUUAUUUUAAAAAUGUGACUGUAAUAGAUCUGUUUCCCUACGUUCAUAAAGUCAGAAAUAAUUUUUGUUGAAUCGUCGACGUCGUUGUUGCCAAUUUUUAUGCUUAGUGAUAUAAGCCAAACAGCUGAAACGAAAAAUAGAUACAUACAUGAGUACGACAACAGGAGAGGAGGAACUCUUUGCCGCAAAAGGACUCUUCAGGAGAAUCAAACUACCCUAAUACCAACAUAGCCUAAACACAUUUAGAUAUGCCGGAUGAUACAGGGCCCAGCGGAAGCGGUAAAGGAACCAUCAUUGGCAAAACAGCAGGAUAUAACGGGAGCACAUUGCUCGCCACAGAGAAGGAGAAGGGAAGAACAGGACCCCGCUCGUCCUCUGGUGGCACUCCUGAACUAUCUGCCGGAGAGCCGACGUAUCGAAAGAUCGAACACAGAAAGAGACUCCAACGCCAUGAGGCGAAAGCGACAGCAGAAGCGCAGGCGAUAGCUACCAGAAAAACUCCAGAUGCAAGACUCAAUAGGAUCUAUUUAUGUAGAUUUAACCGAAUGGCACAGAGCUGUAUAUAUUUUGUAUUAGUUUUAGUAAUCCUAAGCCAACAUAGUAGUUGUGCUCUAGGGAGUAACGAAAUUGAUCACCGCGGCACACAGAACUAUGCCGGCGGCGGUGGUAUACUCAGCAAAGAGGAGAGCGGAGCAACAGCACCUGUAGCAGCAGCAACCUUGCCCGCUGACCAUACUGAUAGUGACCCACGCCGCGGUGCAGCGCCGGAAGGCGAUGGGGGUCAAGCACAAGCACAGACGACCAUUAGUAGAGGCGCCGCCGCACACUUUAAUAAUUAUGAAAAUACUCACAUAAAUGCCAGUGCGAAUGAUGAACGUGUUGACCCGCAUAACCAUCAUCACCAGCAGCAGCAUCAUCAUCAGUCGCCACAUAGCCUCGACCUCGACGGGAUCGAUAUCUUUGGCGCCUACAGUAUUCCCGAGGAGGCGAUAUACACGAAUGAGUUUGCUGUCAACAUUCCCUCCGGCAAGCACGUAGCUGACUUCAUUGCCGCCAAACAUGGCUUCAUCAACAAAGGACAGAUUGGAGCCCUCGAUGACUAUUACCUGUUCCAGCACCACCACGUGUCUAAGCGCUCGCUGCGCUCCAGCGGAAAGCAUCAGGGUUUGCUUACGGCCGAGAACGAGGUAAAAUGGAUGCAGCAGCAGCACGAGAAGGUGCGGCAGAAGCGCGACGGUCCUUACCAGAGCCUGCCCACCUAUAGUCCGUAUAAUGUUUUGCGUCCGGGCGGCGAAUACGUUGUCGAUCCGAAUCCGCAUCUCUCAUUCGCCUCCGACACAUCGUCCCUGUCGCUGGACACUCGGCACUCGGGACGCAUGGAGUAUCGGGAUGUUAGUUCGCAUUCCAUAUUUCCGGAUCCGUUGUUUAAGGAACAGUGGUAUCUGGUGAGUAAAAACGGUGGCGCUAAAGAUGGUCUGGAUAUGAAUGUGGGUCCCGCCUGGCAAAAGGGCUAUACGGGCAAGGGUGUGGUCGUGUCCAUAUUGGACGAUGGCAUCCAAACCAAUCACCCAGAUCUGGCGCAGAACUAUGAUCCAGAUGCUUCGUUUGACAUAAAUGGCAAUGAUUCGGAUCCCACGCCCCAGGACAAUGGGGACAACAAGCAUGGAACCAGGUGUGCCGGGGAAGUGGCGGCGGUGGCCUUUAAUAACUAUUGUGGAGUUGGUGUGGCCUACAAUGCCAGUAUUGGUGGAGUUCGAAUGCUGGAUGGCAAGGUCAAUGACGUGGUGGAGGCGCAGGCUUUAAGCUUGAAUCCCGCCCACAUUGACAUUUAUAGCGCAUCAUGGGGCCCGGAGGAUGAUGGCUCCACAGUCGACGGACCCGGACCGUUGGCCCGCCGAGCAUUCAUUUAUGGUGUAACCAGCGGACGCCAGGGCAAGGGCUCGAUCUUCGUGUGGGCCUCAGGCAAUGGCGGUCGCUACACCGAUUCUUGCAACUGCGACGGCUAUACCAAUUCUAUCUUCACCCUCUCCAUAUCGAGUGCCACGCAGGCAGGCUUCAAGCCAUGGUAUUUGGAGGAGUGCUCCUCCACGUUGGCCACCACAUACAGCUCUGGAACACCCGGGCAUGAUAAGAGCGUGGCCACAGUCGACAUGGACGGACGCUUGCGGCCUGAUCACAUCUGCACCGUGGAGCAUACUGGUACAUCUGCAUCGGCGCCUUUGGCGGCUGGUAUCUGUGCCCUAGCGUUGGAAGCAAAUCCAGACUUGACGUGGCGUGACAUGCAAUAUCUGGUGGUGUACACAUCGCGACCGGCGCCCUUGGAAAAGGAGGCUGGAUGGACGCUAAACGGUGUGAGGCGCAAGUAUAGUCACAAGUUCGGAUAUGGACUGAUGGAUGCCGGUGCAAUGGUCUCGCUGGCGGAACAGUGGACAUCGGUGCCGCCGCAGCACAUUUGCAAGUCGCGGGAGAACAACGAGGAUCGUAAAAUUGAUGGUUCCUAUGGUUACACGCUCGCCACGCACAUGGACGUAAACGGAUGCGCCGGCACCAUCAACGAGGUGCGAUACCUGGAGCAUGUUCAGUGCCGUAUAACGCUGCGGUUCUUCCCGCGCGGCAACCUGCGGAUUUUGCUUACUUCGCCGAUGGGAACCACCAGUACCCUGCUGUUCGAACGACCACGCGACAUUGUCAAGUCCAACUUCGACGACUGGCCUUUCCUCAGUGUGCACUUCUGGGGCGAGAAGGCGGAGGGACGCUGGACCCUCCAAGUGAUCAAUGGCGGGCGCCGGCGUGUCAACCAGCCUGGCAUUCUUUCCAAAUGGCAGCUAAUUUUCUAUGGCACCUCCAGCCAGCCGAUGCGCCUGAAGUCUUCCGAACUGCUCAACAACGGCGGCGGACCCCCUCAGCUGCGCAGCAGCCCCAUCGGCUCCCACACGAAUCCGUUCCUCUUCCCAUCCGCCUCGAACAUUGGCCAACCAGCCAACGAAGGCGGCAACUUUAAUACGGACAGCUUUGCUAGCUACCUCAAUUACCAGAACAUCUUCACCAGUGCCGGAUCAAAUCCAGAGCCAGCCACGGCCACGCUAGAUGGCCACAAUGUGAACACUUCUUCCGCUGCAGUAGAAGCAGCAGCACCUAUCACUUCCGUGACCCAACUGAUGUCAUCAACCAACGAUGCCAGGGCCGGCAGCAAGCUGACGAUUUUGCAUUCAUGCGAUGCCGAGUGCGAUUCUUCCGGUUGCUAUGGCCGUGGUCCCACCCAGUGUGUGGCCUGUAGUCAUUACCGGCUGGACAACACCUGCGUUAGCCGCUGUCCGCCGCGUUCGUUCCCCAACCAAGUGGGCAUCUGCUGGCCCUGCCAUGAUACCUGCGAGACUUGCGCCGGCGCAGGACCCGAUAGCUGUCUCACCUGCGCCCCCGCCCAUCUGCAUGUCAUCGAUCUGGCGGUUUGCCUGCAAGUCUGCCCCGAUGGAUAUUUUGAAAAUACCCGGAACCGAACAUGCGUGCCCUGCGAGCCCAACUGUGCCUCUUGUCAGGAUCAUCCCGAGUACUGCACCAGCUGCGACCAUCAUUUGGUUAUGCACGAGAACAAAUGCUACUCGGCCUGUCCCUUGGAUACCUACGAAACGGAGGAUAACAAAUGUGCCUUCUGCCACUCGACUUGCGCCACUUGCAAUGGCCCCACGGACCAACACUGCAUCACUUGCCGGCCGAGUCGGUAUGCCUGGCAAAAUAAAUGCCUUAAUAGCUGUCCCGACGGUUUCUAUGCGGACAAGAAGAGGCUGGAGUGCAUGCCCUGCCAGGACGGUUGCAAGACCUGCACCAGCAAUGGUGGCGCCUGCUCCGAGUGCCUUGAAAACUGGACGCUGACCAAGAGAGACAAGUGUAUUGUGACUGGCAGCGAAGGCUGCCAUGAAGCUGAGUACUUUAGCCAAGCCGAUGGCGUGUGUCGAUCAUGCCAUGCAUCCUGCGAGACGUGCAACGGCAACUUGGAGACGAAUUGCAUGUCCUGCCCUCCGAAUCAGUUGCUGGAACAAAGCCGUUGUGUGAGUGGCUGCCAGGAUGGCUUCUUCAUGGAAACUGCGGGCGUCUGUUCGCCAUGCUUGCACACCUGCAGCCAGUGCGUUUCGCGGACAAACUGCAGCAACUGCUCCAAGGGUUUGGAGCUUCAGAACGGCGAAUGCCGCACCACUUGUGCCGAUGGGUACUACAGCGAUCGCGGCAUCUGCGCCAAAUGCUACCUCAGCUGCCACACCUGCAGCGGGCCAAGGCGCAACCAGUGCGUUCAAUGUCCAACUGGCUGGCAACUAGCCGCUGGUGAGUGUCAUCCCGAGUGUCCCGAGGGUUUCUACAAGUCGGAGUUUGGUUGCCAGAAGUGCCAUCAUUAUUGCAAGACAUGCAACGAUGCCGGACCCUUGGCCUGCACCUCGUGUCCCCCGCACUCGAUGCUCGAUGGGGGCCUGUGCAUGGAAUGCCUGAGCUCGCAGUAUUACGACUCAACUACAGCCACGUGCAAGACCUGCCACGACUCGUGCCGCUCUUGCUUUGGGCCCGGUCAGUUUGCCUGCAAGGCCUGUGCUCCACCGCUCCACUUGGACCAGCUGAACAGCCAGUGUGUGUCCUGUUGUCCAAAUCAGACGGUGAACAAUGUAGCUGAGAAUUCCUCAUCAACGUCGGCGCCAGCUCCCUGCUGCCAUUGCGAUGCGGAAACUGGCGAGUGCAAGUCCACCUCAACGAGCGGCAAGCGACGCACUGUUGUGGGUGCCUACAAGAGCGGAUACACCUCGGACGCCGCUCGAGCCCUGGGCAGUGAGGGUAAUGGCAAUGAGUUUGUCCUGCGACUGGACUCGCCGCUGACGGCCAUCACGGCCAUUGCGGUGGCCAUUUGUCUGCUGAUCAUCACAAUAUUCUCCAUAAUAUUUGCUGUUUUACAGCGCAAUAGCAACCAUGUGACCAGAAACUCGGUGCGGUACAGGAAGAUAGCGAGCAAGAAGCGCAAGCGGACCAGCGAGGCUCGAUUAAUAUUCAACAAUGGAGGCGGCGAGGAAGAUGAGGAGGAGGAGGAGGACAACAACACAGAAGAGGAUGAUAAUUCCGAAGAGGAUCGAGUCUACAAGAAAGGCACAAUUCAUGGAAACGAAUUUUACAUAGAGAGUACAAAUGAUAUUGAUGCGAUCGAGUUUCACUGCGCAGGCGCUGCGGCGCCGCCAAGGAGGUCUAGGGGAAUGCAUGAUAUUAAUCCCAAUACAAGAACGGAACACAGAAGUCCGCCAACCACAAGUCGUAGCUGAUUGAUUCAUUGAUCGAUUAAUGAGACGAUUUGCUGCAAACACACGUAAUGCGUACCAACAAGAACUUUGAUCUUGGAUUUCUUGCUCUGGACUAAAUAGUAAAUUUUAAAACUUAUUUUGAGGAAGGAUAUAGCGAAAUCGAAAUAUUUAACAUCCGAAAACAAAAAUGAUAAAAAUUUAUAUGUGA